UUCUUUUCUCAGUCAUCACUGGCAUGUGAUCACCCGCCGGUGUAGCUCGAGUCUACUUCAUUCCUUCCCUCCGCCGUGACGCAGCCGCUGCUACCAUCCAUCACGACGGUGGCGCGUGGUCCUGCAGCUUCAGCUUCCCUCAGGGAAGGUGUGCCGGACACAAAUUCGGUGUCUGAUGUGGGUUUUCCUGCGGCAUCUUGUUUGGACGUGUUUUUUGUUUUCUGGGACCUAAAGGGCUGGAACUAUUCUCUGAGCUUCUAUCUUUUUUCAUUGUUGUGAUUGAAGAAAUAACAGGUUGGCUUAUAACAUUGGAGAGAUUUAUUGAUUGAUGAGAUAAUUCAGAAAGAAGCGGACAUAUUUAUCACUCUUCUCUGCAAGUAGUUUCCUACCAUUGCUUUGAAUUUUUGAGUGAUCAGAAUGGUGCUGGUCUUAGCCCUGGGAGAUUUGCACAUACCCCAUAGGGCACCUGAUCUGCCUCCAAAGUUCAAAUCGAUGCUUGUUCCGGGCAAGAUCCAACACAUCAUUUGCACUGGAAAUCUAUGUAUCAAGGAAGUCCAUGACUACUUAAAGACUCUUUGUCCUGACCUGCAUAUAACUCGUGGUGAGUAUGAUCAAGAGGCGAAAUAUCCAGAGACCAAGACACUUACUAUUGGUCAAUUUAAGCUUGGACUAUGCCAUGGUCAUCAGGUUAUUCCAUGGGGAGACCUAGACUCACUAGCAAUGCUUCAAAGGCAGCUUGAUGUGGACAUUCUGGUCACAGGUCACACCCAUCAGUUUACAGCUUACAAACAUGAGGGUGGUGUUGUUAUAAACCCAGGUUCAGCAACUGGCGCCUUCAGUGGCAUGACCUACGACGUGAAUCCAAGUUUCAUUCUCAUGGACAUCGAUGGCCUGCGUGUAGUUGUCUAUGUUUAUGAGCUCAUUGAUGGAGAGGUUAAGGUUGACAAGAUUGAUUUCAAGAAAACACCCUCUUCCCACUCUGCUCAUUGAACUGAACAGUGAACACCCUGUAUUUAGCUCUUGGCCUAAUGUGUGUUUGGCCAAAUGAAGAAAAAGAGUUUUUUUUUUUUUUUGGGGUGUCGUCACCUUCCGCAUUUUAUCAUUUUUUCCUUAACUUGUCUCAAACUCCCUCAGGCGUUUCUGUUUUAGCUCUAUUUUGCUGUGAACACUUGUAAUUUGAUAAAUUUGUGAUCUAUGAAAUAUAACUGAUUAGCUGGACCAUUCUGUACUGUA